AUGCUCUCCUUUAUCCCUAGGAAGCUUCUGCAAGUGACCGCGACAGCUCUUUCAACCGCUACUCUUGUUUGGGGGCAGGUAUCUAGUAAUUCUAGCUUUGAUGUGCUAGAUUAUGUGGACCCCUUCAUUGGGACUUCCAAUGGAGGUCAUUCAUUUGCAGGCGCGAGUCUGCCAUUUGGAAUGGCCAAAGCAGUUGCAGAUACCAUAGGCGAGAACCAAGCUGGGUUCGCCUAUGAUACAACAAAUGUUACAGGAUUUUCACACAUGCAUGAUUCUGGCACUGGCGGCUCACCAUCGCUGGGAAACUUUCCCAUAUUUGUGCAUCCAGGCUGUCCCAGUGACGCUCUCGACAAAUGUACAUGGCAACAGUCUGAUCGAGCGGUCUUGUGGACGCCGGGUUCACCUAACGCUCACCCUGGGUAUUUUAGCAUUUCGCUCCAGAAUGGCAUUCACGCUGAAAUGACUGUUACCAACCACUCAGCUUUAUAUCGAUUCACCUUCGCAAAUGCGUCUAUGGAGUCGCUCAGCCCUGUCGUUCUAGUCGAUCUCAUGGACCUCCCACAGUCACGUACAAACGGGACAGCUUCAGUGGAUCCCUCGACAGGUCGACUCAGCGGUAAUGGGACAUUUAACCCCAGUUUUGGCAUCGGGUCAUAUGAUCUUCACUUUUGCGCCGAUUUCAAAGGAGCCAGUGUCAGGGACACAGGUGUAUGGACAAACAACCGGGCUGGCGUAGGGCAGACAUCCGUCUCGCUUACUUCAGACGGAAGUAAUACACCGGCGACGCUGUCUGCUGGCGCAUUUACCAGAUUCCAUGCCCCAACUGCUAACAAUACACUUCUGGUGAGAGUCGGAGUCAGCUUCAUCAGUGUGGAACAAGCCUGUUUCAAUGCAGAGAACGAGCAACCGGAUUUCGACUUUCCUGGCACUGUAAGUGAAGCAGAGAACACAUGGAGAAAGAAGCUAGAUUCUUUCCGCAUCAACGCGGAGGGCGUCUCGUCUGAUUUGCAAAAAGUGUUCUGGAGUGGCAUGUAUCGUGCUAUGAUCAGCCCACAGGACUAUACCGGAGAAAAUCCACUUUGGCAGAGUGAUGAGCCGUAUUAUGACAGCUACUAUUGUAUAUGGGAUUCCUUCCGUGGCGAACAUCAACUAUUGACUCUGGCAGAUCCGUUGUCUCAAUCUCGGAUGCUGCGAAGCCUCGUGGAUAUCUAUCGCCACGAAGGAUACUUACCCGAUUGCCGUAUGUCGCUAUGCAAGGGCUAUACCCAAGGAGGCUCGAACGCCGAUGUCCUUUUGACGGAAGCUCUUUUGAAGAAUAUCAGUGAUAUCGACUGGGCUACUGCCUACGAGGCCGUCGUGAAGGAUGCGGAGGUCGAGCCUGCAAAUUGGAAUGUCGAAGGUCGCGGAGGCCUGACUAGCUGGAAGACGCUCAACUACAUUCCUACCGACGACUAUGAUCCUUAUGGCGUAGGGCUGCACACGCGAAGUAUAUCAAGAACGGUCGAAUAUGCUUACGACGACUUUUGCAUUGCCGAAAUGGCGCUGCGACUUGGUCACCAGAGCGACUACGAAAAGUACUCGCAGCGCGCGACCAAUUGGCAAAAUAUGUUCAAGGCCGACCAGAAGUCUUUCAUCGGUAUUGUGAAUACAAACUUCACCGGCUUCCUUCAGCCUCGUUAUCCCAACGGGACUUGGGGCUACCAAGACCCGAUAUUCUGCAGUCCCUUGCUGAGCUUUACCUCAUGCUAUCUCAACGCAAACGGACACGAAACGUAUGAGGGAAGCGCUUGGCUCUACACCUUCUUCGUACCGCAGGACAUGGCUGCGCUCAUAACACGUCUCGGGGGACCGAGCGCAUUCACCUCUCGCCUUUCCUAUCUGCACGACUCCGGUCUGCUCUAUGUCGGAGACGAGCAAGCAUUCUUAACCGUCUUCCAGUUCCACUACGCUGGACGUCCCGCAUUGUCAGCCGAGCGUACUCAUUUCUACAUCCCAACCCAGUUCAAUACGUCUACCUCCGGGAUUCCUGGAAACGAUGACAGUGGAGCUAUGGGCUCAUUUGCCGUACUCAGCAUGAUGGGGCUAUUCCCGGUUCACGGACAGGACGUGUAUCUGAUCAACCCUCCAUUUUUCAAGGAGAUCAGCAUUCAGAACAAGGCGACGGGCAAAGUGGCAACGAUCAAGAACAUUAAUUUCGAUCCCACAUACAAGUCUAUCUAUAUCCAGAGUGCGAGACGUGAUGGAGAACCAUGGACAAAAAACUGGAUUGGCCAUGACUUUUUCUACGAGGGGGGCGUUUUGGAGCUUGAACUGGGUUCGAAGGAGAGUAGCUGGGGGACUCGAGACGAGGACUUGCCGCCUAGUAUGAGUGGUAGAUGA